GUGGUUUGGCGCCAGCAAUUUCGCGGGGCAAGAGGAGCACAAGAGAAGAAGGAAGCUAAAAUAGUGACGACAAAGAGCUGGAGACAGACACCACUCUGGAUACAGUGGAGGGUGAAGGCUGCUCCACAUAAAUCUCUCUGAGCCUUGAGGACGUGAGUAAUAAUGAUGGCGACCGCAGAGCCUCCAAGCAGCUCCAGCUUCCUUCCUUUGCUAGAGUCUCUGGAGGACAACGCUGCUGGACAGUCCGAGCAGACAGACGCCUACCUCACCAUCGCAAAUCGGCUCAGUGGAGAAGACGGCCGACAGUUUCUCCCUGCAGUUGAAAAGCACUUUUCUCGUCUGGGUAAAGUCAUCUUGGCUCACAUCACCAGUCCGAACGCAGAGCUGAGCCAAGCUGCCCUGCAAGCUUUAGGAUUCUGUGUGUAUCAUUCUCACGUCGUCUCUGGAGUGCCUGAAACGUUUGCAGCAGAAAUCCUCUCAGCACUUUGCUCCCUGGUGGUGAAGUCGACAGAUAAGAACACAUGCACUAGAGCAUUAUGGGUCAUCUCCAAACAGAACUUUCCUCCAGAGGUGGUCGGCAAAAAGGUGCCGUCUAUACUGGGAACACUGGAGAGUGUGUGGAGCAGAGAGGACAUCCAGUCUGUGGUGAUGGAGCACGAAGCCUUAAACGUUAUCAUCAGGAUGCUGGAGCAGGUCCCGGCCCAGAUGGGCGAUGGAGCGCUGCGGUGGGCGAAGCUCAUCAUCCCGUUGGUGGUCCACUCUGCCUCCAAGGUGCGUCUGCGAGCCGCAGCAGCUAUGGAGAUGGGCAUGCCUCUGCUGCUGGAGAAACAGAUGGAGGUGGCUGCUAUCAUGGAACCAAUGAUGUCCUCGAAACUGAUCCCAGAACUGCAGAAGCUUUUCAUGUCCAAGAAUGAAACCAACGUCCUGAAGCUCUGGCCUUUAUUUGUGAAACUGCUCGGGAAGUUGCUGCACAGAGGAGGCCCCUUCAUCAACUCUCUGCUGCAUCUGGAGGAACUUGGUUUCCGCAGCUCCUCCCCGACCAUCAAGAAGAUCGCCUUCAUCGCCUGGAAGAGCCUCAUAGAUAACUUCGCCCUCAACCCAGACAUCCUGUGCAGCGCCAAACGUAUGAAGCUCCUGAUGCAGCCGCUCACAUCCAUCAACGUCAGGACGGAGGUCCUGCUGCUCACCAAGGUGGAGGUCUGGUGGUACCUGGUGGUCCAACUGGGGCCCAACCUGUCCCCCAACUUUGACCAGGUUUCUGUUCCUCUGCUCCAGUGCACCAUCGGCUCCGACGCCUCAUCAGUCCCGAGCACCCCCUCCAGAGCGGGCGCUCAGAAUGGUGCUGUCACACCCAGCACACCCAAGACUGCCACUCCAGGCUUCAACAGCACCGCCAAUUCGUCUCGGUUGAGCCUGAACUCCAGCGUCCAGGUCCCCACCUCCUUCCCCUCCAUCCAGCUCCUGGGCCUGGAGAUGCUGCUUCACUAUUUCCUGGGACCAGAGGUCAUCGCCGCAGCAGCAAAGAACAAACUCGUCCUGAGUCUUGAGCCCCUGAACCACCUGCUCCUCUCUGGUGCGUCCUCUUUCACUAAACACGCUGCUGUGCUGACGUCCAGUAUCAGAGAUGGAUUCAUCAACGUCGGCAAAGACGCAUCAGAUUCUCUUCUGGCCCUCACUUGGACGAAUCUUGUCCGGUUUGUCAACUUAACAAUAGAGUCUGGCAGUAAGAAGGACCGUCAGGGUGGUGAAGUGCUGACGCUGAUGCUUCAGGCUCUGCAGAGCAUCGUCACCUCAGAAGCUCUGCCUGCAGACAAAGUUCUGAUUCUGUUCGAGGCCACAGUGAAAGGUAUUCCUCAGAGAGUUCUCGGCUCGGCCUCCUAUCAAGUGGGGAAGAUGGAUGUGCUGAAUGGAACGCCGGCUCUGUUCCUCAUCCUCCUGCUCUACAACAGCAGCAUGCUGGCAGCGUACAUAGAGGACGAGAGGUUUUUUCAGUGCCUUCAGACGCUGGUGAGCUGCGGUCUGUCGGGCCCCACUUCCCCUCUGGCAUUUGGGGAGGCGGUGCUGGGCGCCAUCGGACGCAGUGCUGCGUCUGUGCAGAACAAGGAGCAGCUGUGGAGGAUGUGGAGCGUGGUGGUCAGCUCGCUCACUGACAUCAUCACACAGUCGAACGAGGUCAACCAAGGAGACGCUCUGGAGCACAACUUCAGCGCCAUGCACUCUGCACUGAUGUUCCCCGUCACACACCUGCUACAUGGCGCACCGCUACAGCAGGCGGCCCAGAAGUCGAUGCUGUCUUCAUGGUCGAAGCUGUACAAAGUGUUCGCCCGCUGCUCUGCGCUGGUGGUCACAGCUGAGGAGAACAUCUGCUGCGAGGAGCUCUGUGCAAAGAUGACAGCAGCAGUAGAGAAAGAUGCUCUGAUGGUUCCUUCGACAUUAAAUGCAGUUGCCAGUAUCCUCCAGGUCGUGGUGGAGUGUGUGGACUUCUCCCCGUACACGCCUCACUUUCAGCAGAAGCUCAAGUCUCCUCACACUCCAGUAAACUGGAUGAAAAAGAGGAACAAGGUCCUGGGGAAUCUGUCCACCUUCCAGUCCCUGCUGGUCCAAUGUCUGGAGGUUUAUCUGGAGGCGCCGGAGGCCUCGUCUGAAGCCACAGGACUCGCCCUGGUCUCCAUCCUGUCUGCUCUCUUCUCCAAUCUCGUUCUCGCCAACACUGUCAAGGAAGCUCUGACGUCUCUGAUCCAACCUCUCACCCUCUUCUACAAACAAGCAGCCAGCGAAACGUCAAAAUUCUCCUCACAGCUCCUGGGAAAGUUGGAGAAACUUCUCAGUGAUGUUCUCGGCUGCCUGCAGACCCGCUCCACUCUGGUGUACGACGACGAGCUGCUGGCUCUGCUUUCUCCUCUGCUCUGUGUGUUGUUUCCUCACAAGAGCAAGCACCUCCGCACCUCCGUCACCCAGUUCUGGAACUCCACCUUUGCCAACUCAGUCAGCCUCACUUACCCCGAAGAGAUCAGACCAAUACUGAGCCAAGUGAAACUUAACACCCCGAUCAUCCUUCCUAGCUUCGAGGCUGUCAGUGUUCCUGAUGAGCUCAGUGGACAAUACUCAAGUGACAGUUCCCAGUUGGAGACGAAUCUCAGUGGGAUGCCGGUGUCAUCUGUGGGGAAGAGGGACUCUCUGCUGGGAAAAGCUGCUGAGCUGAAGGACAGGAGCUCCACCAAGACGUCCAAACCAGUUGCUACAAAGCUGGACUUCGGCUCUCCAAAGCCUCCUCGCAGAGAAGUUUUGGAGGAAGAAGCCUCCAUCGACUUUGUCUUCAUUCCUCCUGAGACGAAGGAGCGCGUUCUGACGGAGCACCAGAAGGAGGUGAAGAGGACUAAAAGGGUGGACAUCCCCGCCAUGUACAACAACCUUGAUGCUUCUCUGGAUACGACAGUUUUCACCCAGUACACACAGAGCCAAGAAGACUCUCAAGACAACGUGGCAACCCAACAAGCUGACAAGGUCACCACAGAGGCUCCUGAAAAGGUUCCUCAGGAAGAUGUGGAAAAAGAGAGAGACUCUGAAGUUCUAACAAAAGACACUCAAGACUAUGCCAGCCCAAAAACAGUAGAGAACAUUCCAGAAAACCAGGAGCAGGAAAAGGUGAUCCCUGAGUCAGCAGACGUUUCGAUGGAGGAUGAUGUCAAGAGUGACAAUAGAUCAGAAGACUUGGAAAUGCAGUCUAAAGAAGGCACCAGUCCUAACAUCUCUGGCUCUUCAGAUUUAAUCUCAGGGACUCCCCAGAAACCCAGUAGUCGGCGUCAGUCCUUUAUCACACUGGAGACGUAUGCUGAGGGAAAACCUGCCAGUCCAAGCAGUGCGUCUACGUUCACAGGUCCCCUCUUAAAGACCUCCAACAGCCAAGAACGCUCUAAAACCAAUAGGAAAUCGUCCUCUCGGGCUUCUCGGACAUCCACUGGUCCAAACUCUCAGGAUUCACAGUCCUCUCAGACAGGAAAAACAAACUCACAAUGUCCUUCAAUAGAUGCCCUUGAGUCCCCUGUAAGGCCAAAAGACUCUGGGAUAAGAAGUGAGCCAGUAAGACUAACUGAGAGACUGCCCAGUGACCCAACAGAGGAUGAAGAUGUUAUCCCGGACACCCAGACUGAACUGGAGUCCAAGGAAAGUACAAAACUGGCUUCCUCAGUGGAAAUGAAGCCGUCAAGCCAGGAAGAGGAGUGUGAGCAGAGUCUGGAUGAUUCUCAGUUGUCCCAGACUUCUCCAGGCGAACCCAGGCGGUCUGGACGCAACAGAGUCAAACCCCUAUUGCCUGGAGAGGACCCUGAGGAACGGGAAGAAAAGUACAAUGUGGUGAAAAGGAGGCGUUCUGGAGAGGAACCUAAAAGUGAUUCUCCACAACUGAGCUCAAUGGCAAGUAAACCAAACACUAGAGGUAAGCUGGCUGCUGAGGAGGAGAGUAGCAGAAUACGAACAAGGGCUCGGAGUGACAAGAUCGAGUUGAGCCAGACCAACUCUCAGGGUAGAGCGCACAAGAAGAUGAGACUGUACAGCAGCUCACAGGAAUUCCUUGAUAAACCUGAACUCAGAAGGAGAAGCGCCAGAGAGUCCAGCCAGACUGACUCGCAGUCAAGCAUGCAGUCUGAUCAUGAAAGCCAGUCAAAGGGUCGGCAGAGACGGCAGAGCAAGGUGUCAGUGGAGAACAAGGAGGAGGGUGGAAUGAAGACAAAGGUGUUGCCUGAAAAGGAAGAAUCCAGCCAAACUGCCAAAAAUGAGCGAGUGAAACAAGCCGAAAAGGAGGAUGAUAUGCCAAAAAGAGAUUCUCAAAUGAUCACUUUGUCCCCUCAAACUGGUAGCAGAUCCCAAGAGGUUGAGAUUGUAGAACAGGCUGAAAAAGGUGCCAAUAAGCUGAAGGAAGAUUCUCAAACAAUCACUCCUUCCCCUCAAACUGGUGGCAAAUCCCAAAAGGUUGAGAUUAUAGAACAGGCUGAUGCCGAUAAACUGAAGGAAGAUUCUCAAAUGAUCACUCCUUCUCCUCAAACUGGCAGCAGAUCCCAAGAGGUUGAGAUUGUAGAACAGGCUGAAAAAUGUGCUAAUAAGCUGAAGGAAGAUUCUCAAACAGUCACUCCUUCACCUCAAACUGGUGGCAAAUCCCAAGAGGUUGAGAUUGUAGAACAGGCUGAUGCCGAUAAAUUGAAAGAAGAUUCUCAAACAAUUACUCCUUCAACUCAAACUAGUGGCAAAUCCCAAAAGGUUGAGGUUAUAGAACAGGCUGAAAAAGACUCUGAUAAGAUGAAGAAAGCUUCUCAAAUUAUCUCUUCUUCUCCUCAAAGUGUUGGCCAAUCCCAAGAAGUUGAACUUAUAGAAAAGACCAACGAGGAAAAGAGAGAUUCUCAGAUAGCCACUUCUUUGACAAAUGACAAUUCCCAAGGUAGAAACACAACAGUCAAGUUGGCGAAUGAAUCAGGGGUCAAAGACGAACACAAGACAAGUGAAGAAACUUAUGACAUCCUUAGCCAAGAGGAUUCUCAAGGUAUCACACCUUCAUCCUCUGAUAGCCAGACUCGACGUAGAUCCAGAAGAAGCAAGGCAUCAUCUGAGGCAGAGUCUGAAGAUAAAGGUGAAAAUAAAGACUCAUUAGGAAGGACCAGGUCUCAUUCGCAGGCAGCCUCGUCAGCUGCUGGUCAGGCAGAGGCUAGAGUUAGAGGUAGGCCCAGAAGGAGCAAGGUACAAGAGGAUCUUUCUCAGUCAAGUCCUAGCAAGACCCCAGAGAGUUCUCAGUCAUUAGAUGCUGCAGGAUCAUCAGAGUCCUCCCAAGGCAAGGGCAGAUACUCAAGACGAAGAUCCUCCCAAGCGUUAGUAUCCAGCGUAGAGUCCUCGGAGUCCGAAUCCUCAGAGGCCAAAGAAAAUUCCCAAGUGCCCAAAAAGAGAGGCAGGAAACCUCGAGCGUCUCUUCCAAGUCCUCUCACCAUUGACCCUAAAGACGGCAAAAUUAAAAUAGUAAAGGAUGAUUCUGGUUCUGCUCAAAAGGCAGAUUCACAAAGCAUAGAAGCUGAAACAGAUUUAGAGGAUUCACAGUUAACCCAAGAUUUGCAGGCUUCUGAAUUGCUCCAGGUUACGCCCAACACUGAGGAUAUGUAA